AUGGCCUUCAGUAACAAUGAGCCCACUCCAACAGUACCAAUGGACAUUGCAAGAGCGGAUUUGGUUGCCAUGGAAGGACCUGCUCCCUACAGGAUGUCAAACGACUUGGAAACGACACUGAGGAACUUUUCUUGCUUAACCACGGGGGAUAGUAUUAUGGUCGCAUAUAACAAUAAAAAAUAUUACAUAGACAUCAUUGAAUCGAAGCCUUCUAAUGCAAUAAGUAUCAUUGAAACAGACUGUGAGGUGGACUUUGCUCCUCCACUUGAUUACAAGGAACCGGAAAAGCCUGUUGCAUCCGUUCCUACAAGCAAGGCGUCAGGAGAAGGUCNUGGGAGACGCUUGGAUGGAAAACCUUUGAAUUACCAGCCUCCACCAGUUUCCUUCUCUGGGUCUAAAGGCACACAGCCUUAUGUUUCCAAUGGUGGUCGCCAGCCUUCUGCAGGGUCUAGUUCACAAAGUACCACUAGUCGAUCUCAGGGAAAGCUUGUGUUUGGCCCAAAUGUAAACCGCUCUCAGGAAACACAAAAGGAAGCUGCAAAAGAGAAUAAACAAGAGCAGCAGCCGCAACAGAAGGAAGAGCCAAAGUUCCAACCUUUUACUGGGAAAAAAUACUCAUUAAAGGGGUGAUUAUAUGGUAAUGAUACCCUAUACUUAUCUUGCUCUCCACCUGUGCUGCUGUAGGACAGAAAUCACACUUAUUGACUAGAGGAGUUGUAUCAUAUUUU